CUAUUCGUGAAUAUACGGUAUUCUUCUAAACUUCCGCUCCACUCUCAUCUCUUCCACAUCAUACAUCCGCCAAAAUACCGGACAUUUUCGGCGUUGGGUAGAAGUUGGAAACGGAGACGGAGAGUUGCUGGUGGAGAUGGACACGAAGACAGGGGAUCCCUUCAGCAUGGAGCCUGGAGAGCCGUCUGCGGCGGGACUGAUCGGGAACAGGCUAUGGUUCACCAGAGGCAUCUCCGGUGGCGUCGCCAAGGAGUGGUUCGAGCGGCGGCGCCUUGCCAUGAGACCCUGGGUGUCCUUCGUUGACCAGCGGAAGUUCUCCAAGCCACGCAACUUCGGGGAGCUGUGCCAGCGAGUGGUGCGAAACCUUGACACCUACCAUAGCAACUACAUUUUCAUUUUCCUGGGCCUCAUCCUCUACUGCAUAAUCAGCUCUCCCAUGCUUCUCAUCGCCCUGGCUGUGUUUCUCGGUGCCUUCUACAUCAUCCACCUUAAGUCACUUGAAUCCAAGUUGGUUGUGUUCGGACGGGAAAUAACUGGAGCUCACCAGUUGAGCCUGGCAGGAGCCGUCAGCUUCCCCGUGUUCUGGCUGGCCGGAGCUGGCACUGCAGUCUUCUGGGUGUUGGGGGCAACGCUUGCUGUGAUUGGGUCGCAUGCAGCUUUUCGUGAGCUGGACGGAGCUGACAUGGAGGAGCUCAUCAUGGAACCAGUUUAACCUCUGACAUGUUACCUAUAUCUUUUCAUAUCCCAGAUAUGUCUUUUUAUUGUCAGUGUGACUUUCUCUUAAAGAGUCUUUAUAAUGAGGACUUCAGCAAUUAUAGGCUUUGAGACUGAUGCUUAUGUCCCUAUGAAAAGAAUGAUUUAAGUGAACCAAGUUGAGUGUUUUGUGGGAUAUAAAUAUAUAUACCUUGUGUAAAUCUGUGCUUUAUCUCAUAAUCUGAGAAAAUGUCAUUUUUAAAAGUUGUAUUAUACGUAACCACUUCAUUAUGACGGACAAAAUACUCGUGUUUUGGCCUGCAUGUGAAACGUGACCAAGUGGAGUGAAAAUGCUUUUGAGACAAAAUGGCAUCAUGUUGGAACUUUUCUAAUGUGCGAAUGUCGCCCUCCACUGGCAGUCUCUGAACGCACUCGGGCCUCCCACUGUAUGCUGGCUUUCCUUCAAACCCCAUAUUGUUCUGACCGAUAUGAAGUGAUCGAUGUGUUUCUCCUAACACAUAUUAGCUACAGGUCCUAUACGAAGUGUUAUAGGUGUUGUGCAAUUGAAAGUGACAAUGUCAGUUUGUCAAUUUUACUCUACCUGUAAUUAGUAUUUAGCUUUAUUUAACUGAAGUAAAUAUUUUCAUCAUUGGAAUACAAUGUACUUUUAAGGAACAAAAAGAAAUGUUAAAUUACAAAUAAAACAUAAGAAUUCCGAAGUGGGCAUAUUUAUCUGAUUAAAUAAGGCUGAAAUGAAAAUAAAGCACCCACUGAGGAAAUGAAAGACGAGGGAUGUGUGCGAUUGCCAAGUCCAGAAAGAUCAUCUUUAUAGUCUUAUUAAGAACAAAAGAUGGCAGUAAACAGAAGCAUGUCAAGUGAUAUUCGCUGGCUUCUACUUUCUACUAGUAGGAAGUUAAACCCAUUAUUAAGCUUUGUAAUCUGUCCUUAGACAUUGAUAGUAUCUGAGCUAUUAAACAUGUACGUUUCAUGUAUCGAUUGUCUAAUCUAUUAAUCACCCGAUUCAUAUAUUUGGCAUAGCAUUUAGUAAUGUACAGGUGGAUUUUGUUAAUGUCACCUUAUAUCUGUGGGCUGUUGCUAUGUUUAUUGCUUUGUAUUUUUAUUUACAGUUCGGAAGUGCAAUAAAAUUUUGCCUGAAUGCAGCAUUU